AUGCCAGGCAAAAGCAAGAGAGGAAAAGCCGGCAGGCGCAACAAUUCCGACUCCGCUGACGAAUCUGCGACGGAUACCGGCAGCUGCAUUUCGGACGCUCGCGACAACGUCCCGAGCGAGGCUAGUAACAACGAUAAAAACGACGUAGACGAGAAUUACGAGCAAGUCUCGUGCGAUGACGAUAUCGACGGGCUCACGUCCAAAUCCGCCCAGAGCCGAGUGUCUCACUACCUCAAGGUCGGCAAGUCUUUUACGGACAAAUGCGUGCCGGAUUUCAUCGAGGGGCGAAAGUUCACGCUCGCGGACGCCAUCGAGAGAAGCUUAAAAAAGGGCAGAGGUGAGGAACGAAGCGCCGCUGCCAAACUGAGUACCUUGAUGUGUGCUCAACUCGGCGAUUGCGCCGAGGACGUGUACAAAGAUCUCAAAGCGACGAUGAUGAAAAUUGCCAACGAUAACGCGGCCUCGAUCGCUGGCAGGACCGAGUGCUGCUGGUCUCUCGGCAUGAAUCAAUUUCUGUCCGGCAAAGAUCUCGGCGAAUUUCUCGAGUUGAGUCAGCUGUUGUCCAACGUAUUCGCUGGUUCUUAUCCGAAGGGAGACGAUGUCGUGGCAAAAGUUACACCCGAGCUCGCUGCACUUCACGCUUCCGCCGUUUCGUCUUGGACAUUGCUAUUGACCACGAUGAAUUCCGGUGCCGUAAAUAAUUUACUGAAGAGCGCACGAACGAAUACCUCCGUGCCGUCUCUCGAUCAGUUGAGCGGAUUGCUUCGAUCUCCUCAUUUGGACGUGCGCACGACAGCGGGCGAGGCAUUGGCCGUGAUCUUCGAGCUGGGACGAGGCCAUUCGGAUGAUUACGAGCGAGUCUGGGCCGAAGAAUUGGUCGAAACUUUGAAGGAAUUGGCCACCGAUUCGAGCAAGUCCAGGGCGAAGAAAGACAAGACCAUUCAGCGAGCUACCUUCAGAGAUAUUCUGCGCUACAUCGAGGAAGAUAUCGCUCCGGAAACUCGGAUUAGAUUUGGAAAAGAGACAUUACUCUUGAACGGUUGGUGCGCUCGCUCUCGAUACAAUGCUUUUUGCAGAUUACUCGGGCCCGGCAUCAACAUUCAUUUGGCUGAAAAUCAAGUGCUCAGAGAUGUGUUUGAUCUGGGCAAUAAAAUCAUUGCACCCGUUGAAGAUCCAGCAACGAAAGUCCCUAAACUUCAGAAAACUUUGGCGAAUGCUGCAGCUUUUAAGGCUCGCACAAAAUACAGAAACAAAUGCCGAAGCCAGCGCUCGGCUGAUUUGGACGCGGACGAAUUUUAA